GCCCGAGCCCCGGCCCCGGCCCCGGCCCCGGCGCCGGCCCCGCGGGACGCUGUGAGCGCCGGAGCCGCGGAGCCGCGCCCGAGAGCCCCAUGGCUGCGCCGCGCGCCGCAGCCCCGCGCCCACCCGCGCUCCUGCUGCCGCUGCUGCUGCUGCCGCUGCUGCCCGCGCCCGGCCGGGCUAUUGGCCGCUCUCUGGAACUGGCGUUUGCUCUGGAGCCACGCGACGAUGUCGCCAUCCCCGGGCAGCCUGUCCUGCUGGACUGUGUGGUGGAAGGCAGCCCUCCUGUUCGGGUCAGCUGGAGGAAGAACGGGGUGGAGCUUCCCGAGAGCACCCGUGCCUGGGUGAUGGCCAACGGCUCCCUGAUGAUCCCUCACUUCCGGCUGGAUGGGAGAGGCAGCGUUUCCGAUGAGGGGGACUAUGAGUGUGUGGCUCAGAACCGCUUCGGGCUGGUGGUCAGCCGGAAAGCUCGCAUCCAGGCUGCCAGCAUGUCCGACUUCCAUGUGCACCCUCAGGCCGUCAAGGGUGAGGAGGGUGGUGUGGCCCGAUUCCAGUGCCAAAUCCACGGGCUUCCCAAACCCCGGAUCACAUGGGAGAAGAACCGAGUCCCCAUCAACACAGACAAUGAGAGGUACACUCUGCUGCCCCGGGGGGUUCUGCAGAUCACGGGCCUGCGGGCCGAAGACAGUGGCGUCUUUCACUGCGUGGCCUCCAACAUCGCCAGUGUCCGUGUCAGCCACGGAGCCCGGCUGACGGUGUCCGGCUCUGGCUCGGGGGCCUACAAGGAGCCAACGAUCCUCGUGGGGCCUGAGAAUCUCACCCUGACGGUACACCAGACUGCGGUGCUGGAGUGCGUCGCCACGGGCAACCCCCGGCCCAUUGUGUCCUGGAGCCGCCUGGACGGCCGCCCCAUCGGGGUGGAGGGCAUCCAGGUGCUGGGCACCGGCAACCUCAUCAUCUCCGACGUGACCGUGCAGCACUCGGGCGUGUACGUGUGUGCUGCCAACCGGCCGGGCACGCGCGUGCGCAGGACCGCGCAGGGGCGCCUGGUGGUGCAAGCCCCGGCAGAGUUCGUCCAGCACCCCCAGUCCAUCUCCAGGCCGGCGGGGACCACUGCUAUGUUCACCUGCCAGGCCCAGGGGGAGCCGCCCCCCCACGUCACCUGGCUGAAGAAUGGACAAGUGCUGGGGCCCGGAGGCCAUGUCAGGCUCAAGAAUAACAACAGCACCCUCACCAUUUCCGGGAUCGGCCCAGAGGACGAGGCCAUCUACCAGUGCGUGGCCGAGAACAGCGCAGGCUCCUCCCAGGCCAGUGCCCGGCUGACUGUGCUGUGGGCCGAGGGGCUGCCCGGGCCCCCCCUCAACGUGCAGGCCGUGUCGGUGUCGUCCACCGAGGUGCGCGUGUCCUGGACCGAGCCCCUGGUCCACACCAAGGAGAUCAUCGGCUACGUCCUGCACAUCCGCAGGGCUGCCGACCCACCGGAGCUGGAGUACCAGGAAGCAGUGAGCAAGAGCACUUUCCAGCACCUGGUGAGCGACCUGGAGCCGUCCACCGCCUACAGUUUCUACAUCAAGGCCUACACGCCCAGGGGGGCCAGCUCGGCCUCCCCGCCCACGCUGGCCAGCACCCUGGGGGAAGCGCCGGCCCCGCCCCCGCUGUCCGUGCGGGUGCUGGGCCCCGACUCCCUGCAGCUGCUGUGGGAGGCCUGGCCCCGGCUGGCACAGCUCCAGGGAGGCUUCAAGCUGUUCUACAGGCCGGCCAGCAAGGCGGCCUUCAGCGGCCCCGUCCUGCUGCCCGGGACCGCGUCCUCCUACAACCUGACCCGGCUCGAUCCCAGCACGGUGUACGAGGUGAAGCUGCUCGCCUAUAACCAGCACGGGGACGGCAAUGCCACCGUCCACUUUGUGUCUCUCAGGGGAGCCUCUGAGAGGACAGCCCUGAGCCCGCCCUGUGACUGCCGGAAGGAGGAGGUGGGAACCCCGACCUCCACCACCAGCAUCGUGAUUGGCAUCCACAUUGGGGUCACCUGCAUCGUUCUCUGUGUCCUCUUCCUUCUGUUCGGCCAGAGGGGCAGGGUCCUCCUGUGCAAGGACGUGGAGAACCAGCUGUCCCCGCCGCAGCCCCGGAACCAGAGGGAGCCUGGUCUCCUGGCGCUGGACGCAGGGGGCCGUGGCGAGAAGCCUAUGCACACCAAGGAGCUGGGCCAGCCGCCCCCACCCGUGGGGACCCUGGGGGGACCCCCAGAGCCCAGCCCCAGCGCCGCCACGGCCCCGUGUGAGGAGACGCCCCUGUCCAGGCCGCUGCCGCAGGGCUUCCCCGAGGAGGGGGCCACCGCCACCCCCUGCACAGGCCCGGUGGGUGCCCCUGCUGCCCCCUCAGCGCCCUCUGGACAGUAGCGUGUGGCCGCGUCGUGGGGACGCCCCAUUCUCAGGUUAAGGGCGACACCUGUCCAUCUCAUGGGUCCCCAUGGGGCUUCCAACGCCUCUGCCCUGACUGGCCUCAGGUGGUUGGGAUAAGUGAAGUCGCCAUGUGGGGACCCCCCUGGACUUGAGGGGACCCCCCCCGGACCGCUGCCUGUCCUGCAAACCCCAACCCCCAUCCCGGGCCAACGCCCCGUACUGAUACCUGGUGCCAUGUGACUUGGAACUGAAGUAACAUUUUUCUUUUGCAAAAAAAAACCCCAGAGACUUAAAGAGCCCAAGC